AUGAUAGGCAAUGGUGCCUCUAUCAAGACUGAAGAAAAGGAAGUGUUACUGAGAGCAAUGCAACAUGUUGUUUUCCAUGGUGUGGUGAGGGAAGAAGAUCUUGAGAUGGUCCAGCUCGGCCGUCUGCUAAUCAAGGUGUUCCAACAAGCAGUCAUUACCACACAAUCAGGGGCAAACAUGAUAUCAUCCAGGUCAUACCAGAGGUCACACAUGCGGUGCAACCAAUAUGUGACCAUGAAGUACAUCAAUGACAAUCCGCCCCAUGCUGGAACCCAAGUUGUGUAUGGUGCACGCAUUCAGUUCUUUGUGGCCAAUCCGUUCACGAGCGAUGCAAUGUCACCGACAUCCAACCAUUUCACCUUUCUGCUGAUGUGGACCAGUAUCAUGGAGACCCUGUUGUAG